AGUGAAGCAACAAGUGAGCAAAAUCAGAAGCCAUUAAUUAUUAUUUUUAAUUUUUUUUUUCUGAUUCUAAAGAUCCGAUCUCCGUCUGCUGCCAAAUCCUAUAUCUCCAGAUAGGUUUGGAGACGGCAAGUUCGGUGAAUGGGGAUUCAAAUGAUGGGAUCUCAAAGUAAUGCUCAACAAUCUCAUAUACAGGCAUGUCAGUUAUCGCGGCAAAAUUCGUGGUACAGUUUAACUCUCAAUGAAGUGGAAAACCAAUUAGAAAAUCUAGGAAAACCGUUGGGUAGUAUGAACCUUGAUGAACUUCUCAAAAGUGUAUGGAGUAGUGAAGCAAAUCAAUCCAUUGGUAUGGACAUUGAGAAUACCUCAGCGUCGUCUCUUCAAAGGCAAGCUAGUCUGACAUUGGCUAGGGCAUUAAGCGGAAAGACGGUGGAUCAGGUGUGGAACGAGAUUCUAGAAGGGCAGAAGAAGAGAUUAUGUCAGGAAAUUAAGUCUCAAGAAAGAGAACCAAUACUCGGUGAACUAACUUUAGAGGAUUUCUUGGUACAGGCAGGGCUUUUUGCAGAAUCAUCAGUAAGUCUUUCUAUGGAGUUAGUCACUGUUGAUUCAGCAUCCCCUCAAAGUUUUCAACAGAAAAUGGCAUUGUCUUCAUCACCAUCAACGGGCACUAUAUCAGACACUAAUCCAUCAGUGCGAAAAAGGAAUGCCCUAGAUGCACCAGAGAAAAGUAUAGAGAGGAGGUUGAGGAGAAAGAUCAAGAACAGGGAAUCUGCUGCACGUUCACGAGCUAGAAAACAGGCUUAUCAUAAUGAGCUUGUGAACAAGGUUUCGCGUCUGGAGGAGGAAAAUGUAAAGCUGAAGAAAGAGAAGGAAUUCGAGAAUACAUUGCCAUGUGCGCCUUUAACAGAAGUAAAAUAUCAGCUUAGAAGAACGAAUUCAGCCUCUUUCUGAUUUUGGUUUCUCAUUCUCUUUCAGCCCCUUGGGGUUGAGUGGAAACUGAAUUGAGAUCUUAUGAGCAAGUUGCUUUCUCCAGCUGUUAAUGUUAUUCCACUUCGCCCUCCAUUUGGUUUCAGAUCAACUAUGUCACGCGGAAAAUUGUCGAGUUCUAUGUUUCAGCAUUUCCGUUUCUGAAACACUUUCGAAGUUUCAAAACUUUAUACUUGUAACCUUGUAAAAAAACAUCAGUUUAUCUUUUUUUUUGUUUUUCAUUUAAACUUUUCUGUUUCCGUGUAACUUAGGAGAUCAAUGUACAUUCGUAUUUAUAGUUUUAUCUUAUACAGCACAAAAUGUGCCUAGUGUUUGAUAUGCUUAGGGUCUGCGUUUGUUUUGCUGGAACUUGAAGGAACAGUUGGUUUAUGUUGUGCAGCAUGGCUUUGGAUUGUCCAUAUGAACUACAGCUUUUAUUAUGAACCAAUUUGUAGAUUUUCUCUUAGGUUA